GAACAAACAACAAGUUCCUCAUCUGUUUUGUCAACUAUAGUAGAUUCAAUUUGUGAUUCUCAUCCAUCUUCACAAUGACCGUGACCACCGACUGCCCCAAGCGAUACCCGGCAACCGACAUCUCCGUCCUGAUAGUCGGGGCUGGAGUUGCAGGGCUCAUGGCUGCUCUUGAGUGCUGGCGGAAUGGACACAACAUUAGAAUCAUUGAGAGAUCCCCCGAGCAAGUCACUACAGGUGACUCCUUCACCAUCGGUCCCAGUGCAAUUCGCACACUGAACCAUUGGCCCAAGAUGGUCGAAGAGAAUGAGAAGGUCGCACACAAUCCAACUAUCUCAUUCCAUUCCUUAGACGGAACUCGUGUCACAGCCCCGAAGCACCUCGAUUACAAACAAGGUCAGGAUUCGAAGAAUGUGCCAGGACAGGUCCAUCGCCACUGGAGACCCCAAUUCCACGCUAUGCUUCUGAAACAACUCUCUGCCAUCGGUGUCGAUGUCGAGUAUGGCCACCGGGCAGUGAAAUACUUCGAAGACGGCCCUACAGGGCGCGGGGGUAUAGUUCUCGAGAAUGGCGAUCGAAUGGACGCAGACAUUGUUAUUGCAGCUGAUGGUGUCGGAAGCCGUUCGACCAGAGUGACAAUGGGACGGGAGAUCAAGGCACGGCCUUCCGGGGAAGCUAUGUAUCGGACUGCUUUCCCGGUCGAGAUAGCCAUGGCUGAUCCGGUGGUUCGAGAGCGGUUCCCGAUGGUUGAAGGCGACGAAGGGUCGAUUGAGCUUUGGGUUGGUGAGCAAGUUCGCUUCUUCAUCGGCAGAACCGCAGACACCAUAUCUUGGAUCCUCUCUCACAAGGACUACGCAAACGCCACCGAAUCAUGGUCCCACAACUCCAACCCGGAAGACGUGCUCAAAAUAACCGCAACCAUCCCGGACUGGCCGGAGGCAGCAGACCGAUUAAUCCAACUCACCCCCAAGAACCGCCUCCUGCAUUUCCGCGUGAUGUGGCGCGACCCCCAACCAUCGUGGGUUUCACCUGCAGGACGUAUCGUGCAGAUCGGCGAUGCCGCACACACAUACGUUCCUGCAUCUGGCAACGGUGCUACGCAGGGGAUCGAAGAUGCCGUAUCGCUAGCUACCUGUUUGCGGAUGGCAGGGAAGACGGACGAGAUUCCUUGGGCAUUGAGGAUUCAUAAUAGACUACGCUUUGUGCGAGUAUCCUGUCUCCAGAAGCUAGGACUCAUCAACCAGAAGGGUUACUCUCAGGCUCUUUCUAAGGGUGACCAUACACCCAAGGGGAUUCAGUAUCUGACGGCAGAGUGGAUCUGGGGACACAAUCCAGAGACAUAUGCCGAGGAACAUUAUAACAAGGUGCUGGAUCAUCUACAGCAGGGAACCCGGUUCCAGGAUACGAAUAUCCCUCCCGGGCACGUCUAUCGGGAUUGGACUAUUGAUGAGAUAUUGAGUCAACUGGAAAGGGGGGAGGAAAUUGAAUUGAAUGGAGACUGGGAGUAGGUCGAUACAUAUUAUGGGUGGAAUUUGUAUACCAGAGGCAUAUUUGUUUAUAUGGAUGGUAUUGGCUUGUUUUGAUUGAUAUAAACAUGCUAACAAUGUAAUGAAAUUGGGAAUCAUGUACAAGAAACCUCAAAUAGUUGGUAUAUAAAGCAAAUC